AUGGAAACCUCUGAGCCUGUAUCGCCCAGGAUGCCUCAUGCCCCGAACCACGACUCCAUGGUCACCGUCUCGCUAUCCGACAUCCAAUCCAUUUCAGAGCACUCGCAGCCCGACUGGCGAAACCUUGAGAUUCCUUCAACACCGGUCGACUCUACCCAUGAAGCGGAAGGCGAUCGCACCAAGACCGAGUCGUUCGGUCCAAUGGCUCUCCGGGAUGCGGCGAGGACAACCCCCACACCAUUCGACGAGCCCCCAACACCAACCUUGACAGACGAUAAGACCCGAGAUAAGACCCUAGAUGAAGAGAUGGAAAACGAAGUGGACUGGGAAAACUUGGAAAAAAGCGAGGAGCAGGAACCUCGCGGGGAAGGCUCAGACGAGUCGACGGCCUUGCUUCUUGCUCGCUUGGAACAAGAGAACAAUGCCCUGGCCACCAACCCAAAGUCUGGAAUAGCCACCCCGCCCGGAACUACGAAACACCAGCGACAAUCGCGUUCUCAGUCAUUAAUCCAAAUCAAACGGUUGAUCAAUGACCCGGCCCGAUCAGAACUCCGCUACUCCCAACUUCCUCCUCCACCGAUGACAGAGCUCGAGUUCUGGGCUGCUCUGGUCGCGGAUUAUCCGCAGACGGCUCAGCGACUGCCCACCCUGACAUCGAAUAAAAUCCAGAGCGGAGUGGUAUGGCCUAGUCUCGCCGGCGCUCGUGAUCCAACGCUGUUGGAGGAGUUUCAACGGCUUUCUGGCGAGAGCAGCCCAUACGACGGUCUCAUCGGGAAAGACAUUGGUCGUAGCUUUCCCAACGUGGAAAUGUUCCGCGAUCCGAACGGCGAGGGUCAGCAGAUGCUGGCUAGAGUCUUAAGGUGUUUUAGCUUAUACGACGCCAAGAUUGGUUACUGUCAAGGUCUUGGAUUUGUUGUCGGCCCUUUGUUGAUGCAUAUGUCGGAUGCUGAAGCUUUCUGUGUGCUUGUUCGUCUCAUGGAACAUUACAAUCUCCGCACUUGCUACCUGCCGGACUUGUCGGGUCUUCACCUUCAUGUUUAUCAGUUUCAGAAUCUUCUCGCACGACUCCGACCUACACUCUUUGCGCACCUGGAGGCACUGGGUGUUGAGCCGGUGUAUGUUUCUCAAUGGUUUUUGUCGUUCUUCGCUGUGGCAUGCCCGUUGCCGAUGCUUCUCCGAAUUUACGAUGUCAUAUUCCUUGAGGGAGCUUGUGAAACACUGAUGCGCGUUGCCCUCUCGCUUAUGCAGCGGAAUGAGCAAAGACUCAUGGCCUGUACAGAGUUUGAGGAUGUCAUGCAGUUGCUUCUGUCGCGAAGCAUCUGGGAUACGUACGCGUUCAACGCGGAUGAUCUGGUCAAUGAUUUCGUCUCAUUGACUUCCUUGGUCACAAAUGAGAGUCUACAGGCAUUGGAGGCUAGCUAUAACCAGUCCCAGGGCGUUCCUACCGGGGUCUCCUUACCAUCCAUGCAGGCUGCCGCUUCGCGUUUCCUUGGACGUCUCUGGGCCGGUUCUGGCUCUCACAACUCAGUGAGAUCUUUGAACCCGAACACUAGCCCGUCCCGCCCUGUCAGCACGAUCCGACGCUCAACUUCGAAACAAAGCAUGACAUCGACACUGAAUUCGAUCGAGACUGUCUCUGACGCUAGCACUGCCCCCACUGAGCUCUCGACUGCGACCAUCAGCGUUGACGGCCACAAAUCGCGCGUCAAAUCUAACAUGUCGGCACACAAAGAUCGCGAUCUUCAUACGCAGAUCGAGGAUCUGUUGAUGGCAUUAAGCGAUCUUCAACGCCAACAGGCAGACCUGAGUCGCGAACUACAACAGGAGCGUGAGGAUCGCGAAGAAGAUAAUACUUUGGCGAAAGAGAUGCUCAAGCACCUACAGGAGCAGACUCCCGACGAACGGGUCAGUGACUUGAUCUCGCAAGCGCAGGCCCGAUUUUCUUCCGAGGAGUCCAAGCACGCGUCGAUUCCCCAGACCAAGCAACAGCUUCAUGAUGACAUGACACGGUGGAAGCAAAUGCACGAGGUGGAGGCGAGUCGAUGCUUGGACUUGACACGGCGUAUGGACGAUUACGAGAAAGAAAACUCCUCUCUGAAAGAUCAACUUCGCGAGGCGCGCAGUCGAAUUCAAGAUGGAUAUCACGAUCGACAACGACUGGAGCGGAGAAACCAAGAGCUUCGGGCGAAGACCCCGACUUCGGAGUUCUCACCUGCAGAAGCCUCGGUCUCUCCGUCGAGUUCCAACGAAGCAUCGUCGCCCACCAGUACGGGUCUUCGUGAAUUCAAGCUGUCACGCACCAAUUCGCAGAAGACGACCCCCUCGUUCAGCAAACGAUCUAGUAGCUUGGGCCUUCAGACUGUGCUGUCCACGGAAAACAACAAGCCCGCUGCCGAGGAAACGCUGCUGCUCGAGCUAGUCAACGCGAAGACGGCCGAAGCAGUCGCCAAACAAGAAUUAGAAGAAGUGAAGUGCAAGAUGGAAUCGUUGCGAAAAAUGAUCAGCGCGCCUCAUGCACGCCCUGAAAACCGACAUUCAUAUAUUGGCCACUCAUCUUCCCGAGGCAGCAUCAGCAAAGUCUCAACGGAAUCUGCGAAGUCUACGGGUUCUUCUCACACUGGAGGCAAUGGAGGUUUCUUUAGCGGAUGGGGACGACGGGCGGCGCCCAGCAACGAGGCUCCAUCGUGA